AUGACUGUGACCAGUCCUGUGUCCGGCUUGGAGCCGGCAAACGUUUGGGGUUUUUUUGAGCAGCUGACCAAGAUCCCGCGGCCUUCCAAGCACGAGGAAAAGGUUCUGCAGUACUUGAAGGACUUUGCCAAUGAGAGGAAGCUGGCAUGGCAGCAAGAUGGGGUGGGGAACAUGGUCAUCAAGAGGACAGGCUCUGGUGGAGGAGAAAUGGCUCCAGCCGUGGUGAUACAGGGCCACGUUGACAUGGUGACAGAGAAAAACUCUGACAUUGUCCAUGACUUCUUCAAUGACCCUCUGCGGCUGCAAUCAGAUGGCGCAUGGCUCAAGGCGCAAGGAACUACACUAGGAGCAGACAAUGGCAUUGGGGUUGCGACAGCACUGGCCCUCUUAGACUUGCCAUCCAAUGCAAAGCUGCCUCCCCUGGAGUGCCUCUUCACUGUGGACGAGGAGACAGGCCUCACAGGAGCCUUUGACCUUGAUCCCACCUUGCUCACAGGGCAAGUGUUGCUCAACCUUGACACAGAGGAUUGGGGCGAAAUUUUCAUUGGCUGCGCGGGUGGGGGCGACUCCAUGAUCAGCAUCCCCGUGACAUAUGAGGCUGCGCCAAGCAGCGGAAUGCUGCACUAUGAAUUGAAGAUUUCGGGGCUCAUGGGAGGGCACUCUGGCCUGAACAUCAAUGAGGACAGGGGCAACGCGGUGAGAUUUGCCGCUCGCAUCGCCGACACAGUGCUCAGGGCGGCGCCUGGUGCGAAGCUGGCAGGAAUCGCCGGCGGAGACAAGCGCAAUGCCAUCCCUCGCGAAGCCACUGCCACUGUGCUGGUGCCAGAGGGCUCCGGGGAUGCUGCCUCAGCUGUGACAGAUCAGUAUGCAGAUGCUCUGAAGAAGGAGUACGGUGCACUAGAGACUCAGCUCAGUGUGUCCUUGUCAGAGAGCAGCAGCCCUGCGCCUGGCCAGGUGCUCAGCAGCGACAGCGCCUCCAAGCUGCUGACUCUGCUACUCACCCUCCCCCAUGGGGUCAUCAAGUACUCCCACACCGUCCCAGGGCUGGUGGAAACCUCGACAAACCUGGCAUCAGUCAAGCCGUGCCCUGCCGAGAAUGGCGCCCUGCCGGAGAAGUACAUGGUGCAGUGCACGACGCGCAGCAGCCUGGGCCCUCCCCUGGAGGCCGUGCGCGACAGCAUCUCCAAACUCAGCGGCCUGGUGGGCGCCAGCGUGGAGCAGGACACAGCAUACCCGGGCUGGGCUCCCAACCCCGGCAGCGCAGUGGUCGGACUGGCCAAGGAAGUGCUGGAGGAGGUCACCGGGCACACUGUCAAGGUGGGGGCAAUCCACGCUGGCCUGGAGUGCGGCAUCAUUGGGGAGAAGGUGCCUGGCAUAGACAUGGUGUCUUACGGGCCCACCAUCCGGGGCGCUCACAGCCCAGACGAGAACCUGGAGAUAGCGACUGUUAAGCCUUUCUGGGAGGCCACCCUCAAGAUCCUGGGCCGUCUGGCUGAUGUGAAAUGAGCAAGCGAAGCUUAAGUAUCCUGGUCAGCUUGAAGAAGAAUGCGACUGUAUGUUGCCACAAGGUCGUGUUAAAGGGCACACUAUCGCUGAUGAUUGGCAAAGCAUUGGACAACGACUCGCACUCUUAUGCAUGUGGCCAGUGAUGAGGCAUGCAUCUGCUCCUGUGUUGCUGCUUGUAUAUGAUAGUUUCCCAUGUACAUCUACAAUCAGUACUUCCAUUACAAUAUAGUCAUAUUGCAGCUGUUUCAAGUCUUGAAUUGUAAUACAAUCAUGAAC